ACCGGCGCGGGGGAGGGCGCUGUGCGCGGGGCAUUUCGGGUCUGCGGGGCACCAUGGGGAAGGGGGCGAAACCAGGGCGAGGGGGCCCCCGAUCGCGAGGCGCCGAUGCCACCUUCCGCUGGGAGGAGAUUCAGAAAGCACAACCUGCGCACCGACAAGUGGCUGGUCAUCGCCCGCAAGGUCUACAACAUCACCAAGUGGUCCAGCCGGCACCCGGGGGGCCACCGGGUCAUCGGGCACUACGCGGGGGAAGACGCCACGGAUGCCUUACAUGCCUUCCACCGUGACCUUGAUUUUGUGCGCAAGUUCUUGAAGCUGCUGAUCGGUGAGCUGGCGCCGGAGGAGCCCAGCCAGGACCGUGGCAAGAAUUCCCAGAUCACCGAGGACUUCCGGGCCCUGAGGAAGACGGCCGAGGACAUGAACCUGUUCAAGAGCAACCACCUGUUCUUCCUCCUCCACCUGGCUCACAUCAUCGCCAUGGAGACCAUCGCCUGGUUCACCGUCUUCUACUUCGGCAACGGCUGGAUCCCGACCGUCAUCACGGCCUUUGUCCUUGCUACCUCGCAGGCCCAGGCCGGCUGGCUGCAGCACGACUACGGCCACCUCUCUGUCUACAAGAAGUCCAUGUGGAACCACAUCGUCCACAAGUUCAUCAUCGGCCACUUGAAGGUAAAUGCCGCGGCCCCUCCAUGCGCAGUGGGUGGAGCGCUGCUGCUCCGAGACCAGGCCCCAGCUGUGAGGCUCCCCCCUCCCCCGGGACCAGGCCCCAGCU